AUGUUCUUCCUGACUUUCUCACGUCAUUGCUAUCCUUAUGACGACAGCCACGGCCAGUUAGACUUACUGACCAGUGCAGACCCUCUAGAUAAGCUAUUAGUUGCGAAUGAAGCCGAGUUUGACUCUUAUACGAAUCAGCAUGAAGAUGAGUGUCUUCCGGGCACUAGGACGGACCUUCUCAACGAGAUUGCAGAAUGGGCUGUGUCACCACACGGGAAGUGUAUCUUCUGGUUAAAUGGUAUGGCUGGGACAGGGAAAUCAACAAUAUCUCGCACCGUGGCGAAACGCUUUAAACAAGAGAACAUACUAGGGGCAAGCUUCUUCUUCAAAAGGGGCGAGGGGGAUAGAGGGAAUGCGAGAAGGCUUGUUCCGACUAUUACAAGACAACUUGAAAAGAGCGUCCCCCAACUGACCCGUGGUGUUCGAAAAGCAAUCGAAAAUAACUCUGACAUCGCAACGAAAGGGCUGAAGGAACAGUUUGACAAAUUAAUCCUUCAACCUCUACGGGACUUAACUUCGUCCUCUUUCUCGAUCCCUAAUGUGGUCAUAGUGAUUGACGCACUAGACGAAUGUGACGAGGACAAUGAUAUGCGACUUGUACUACGAUUGCUACCGCAGUUUCAAGAAAAUCCAGAGGCUUUGCGUUUCCGAAUUCUGUUGACUAGCAGACCCGAGUUACCAAUACGUCUGGGAUUCCAAAAGCUUGCAAACCACGACUAUAAAGACCUGGUUCUCCACGAGAUCCCGAAGGAAGUUAUUGAGCAUGAUUUGUCAUUAUUUUUGAAUCUUCGUCUUUCAGAAAUCAGGGAAGAGCGAUAUCCUCCCCUACCUAUCGACUGGCCGGGGCCCCUAAAUAUUCAAAAGCUAGUGGCUUUAUCCGUUCCGUUGUUUAUCUUCGCUGCUACGAUAUGCCGUAUCUUUAAGGAUCCCUAUUGGGACCCAGAGGAUAUUCUUCCUGAGAUUCUUGCACAGCAAAAUGACGAAUCUAAACUGGGUGGAACGUAUCUUCCUGUGCUUAAUCGGCUUCUUAACGGACAAAUCGAGAGCCGGAAGGAGCAGCUGGUUCAGCAAUUUCACCAGGUGGUUGGUACAAUCGUGACCCUAGAGAGCCCACUUUCAGUUACUGCACUCUCGAGACUUCUAAACGUCCGUGAAAGGCUUAUUCAGCUUAGACUUGACCCACUACAUUCAGUCCUGAGUGUGCCAGAUGAUAAGACUUUGCCGGUACGGCUUUUCCACCUGUCCUUUCGGGACUUUCUUCUCGACCCAGAAACCCGUGAGAAAACUCCCUUUGGGGUAGACGAGAAAGAGAUUCAUUACAAGUUAGCUAUGAAAUGUAUCUUUCUCUGUCAAAAUCUGCGGAAAAAUAUAUGUGGACUGCCGAGCGAUGGAAGCCAACGUGCGGAGACUGAUCGCACGACUAUUGAUCACUGCCUUCCUCCAGAAUUGCAAUACGCCUGUCGAUAUUGGGCACAUCAUCUAAUGCAAUGUAGAGACUUGAACGCGGUGAUGUAUAACGCUCUCUUAUUUCUCCAGAGGAAUUUCCUACGCCGACAUUUUCUGCACUGGGUAGAAGCAAUGAGCCUACUAGGUCUCAUGUCAGAGGUAGUAGGGAUUCUUAAUGCACUCCAAACGGUUAUACCCGGGAACGCUGAUUCGGCAAUGUCGGAUUUUUUAUACGAUGCAAAGCGCUUUAUUCUGAAAAAUCGCCAGAUAGCUAAUAAUGCACCUCUCCAGCUAUAUUGCUCAGGGCUGGUAUUUGCACCAAGAACGGCCAUAGUUCGGAGAGAGUUCGGAACUGAACUUCCUAGUUGGAUAAGCCAGUUACCACAAGUUAACGAAAAGUGGAGCGCAGAAUUACAGGCUCUCGAGGGCCAUUCAAAUUCGGUAAACUCAGUGGCCUUCUCGCCCGACGGCCGGCUGCUGGCGUCUGGCUCCAACGAUGACACAGUACGGGUCUGGGACCCGGCGACGGGGGCGCUACACUAUACUCUCGAGGGCCAUUCAGGUACGGUAUACUCAGUGGCCUUCUCGCCCGACGGCCGGCUGCUUGCGUCUGGCUCCAACGAUGACACAGUACGGCUCUGGGACCCUAUGACAGGGGCGCUACACCACACUCUCGAGGGCCAUUCAAUUUCGGUAGAGUCGGUGGCCUUCUCGCGCGAUGGCCGGCUGCUGGCGUCUGCCUCCGUCGAUCGCACAGUGCGGCUCUGGGACACAGCAACAGGGGCGCUACACCACACUCUCGAGGGCCAUUCAAAUUCGGUAUACUCGGUGGCCUUCUCGCCCGACGGCCGGCUGCUGGCGUCUGGCUCUAGCGAUAAUACAGUGCGGCUCUGGGACCCUGUAACGGGGGCGCUGCACCACACUCUCGAGCACACUCUCGAGGGAUUUAUCACUGCCUUGGAAUUUUCACCAGAUAGUUCAUAUCUAAGAACGAAUCUUGGCUCUCUUAAUAUUCCGUCAUUGUGUGGCGAUUAUACUUCUUGUUCGCCUGAUGUUAAUUUUGAGAUCUCUAUUAAUCAAGGGCAGUGGAUAACGUUAAAUGGCCAAAAGGUACUAUGGCUUCCAACAGAGUCUCGGCCUACGUGCUCGGCGAUUAAUGGUAGUAUCCUUGUUCUAGGACACGCAUCAGGGAGGGUUUCUUUCAUAGGAUUUCGUCUAUAG